ACUAUCGGGAUCUUCGCAUGAUGACAUAAUUGUGCGACAAGCUUGUGAGCUAGCUGACACCGCUGCUCGAAGAAGCGAAGCAAACUUGAACUUUGUGUUACCGCACUGAUUCGCAUCUGAAACACGGCGACGACAGAGUACCAACUCUCAACUGGAAACGAGGAUCUAGCUGCAGGGUGUCUCUCCCUCAGUGAGCACAGAGAGGUCUGAGCCUCCGUCACCAUGACAGACAACAAGCGCCUUGCCUUCUCCAUCAUCCAGUUCCUCCACAACCAGCUCCAGUCAGGGACUCUAUCUUCAGAUGCUCAGGAGAGUCUCGAAGUUGCUGUUCAGUGUUUGGAGACGGCAUUUGAGGUUUCAACCGAUGACCAGAGUCUCGCCGUCCCAAUGACGUUACCAGAGAUCUUCGCCUCCGCUACAGCAAAGUACUCAGUUCAGUCACAGGUCAACAACAACUCCACUCCAAAUUCCCCAACAGAGGAACAGAAAGCUGAGGCUGAAAGACUCAAAAGUGACGGUAACGACCAGAUGAAGGUGGAUAACUUUGCAGCUGCUGUUGAGUUUUACUCCAAGGCCAUCGCCAUCAACCCACACAACGCCGUCUACUACUGCAACAGAGCUGCAGCUUACAGUAAACUGGGGAACUACGCAGGAGCCGUGCAGGACUGUGAACGAGCCAUCAGCAUCGACCCCAACUACAGCAAAGCUUACGGACGGAUGGGUUUGGCUCUGGCCAGCCUCAACAAACACACAGAAGCAGUCAGUUACUAUAAGAAAGCUCUGGAGCUCGACCCCGAUAAUGACACCUACAAAGCCAACCUGAGGAUUGCAGAAGAGAAGAUGGAGACAUCCAGUCCGACUGCAGGGCUGGGUGGAGUCGAUCUGGCUGGUUUGCUCAGUAACCCGGGCUUCAUGAAUAUGGCAUCGUCUCUGAUGAACAACCCUCAGGUUCAGCAACUAAUGUCCGGGAUGAUGUCUGGAGCAUACGGUGGAAUGGGAGGAGGUGGUGCUGGAGGGGGAGGAAGUGCAGCGCCAGGGGCAGCAGCACCAGGGGCAGCACCACCAGGUGCUGCGGCCCCUGGCGCCGCAGCACCUGGAGCCACAGCACCUGGAGCUGCGGCACCUGGAGAUUUAUCGAGACUGAUCCAGGCAGGGCAGCAGUUCGCUCAGCAGAUGCAGCAGCAGAACCCCGAACUUAUCGAACAGCUGAGGAGUCAAAUCCGCAACCAAACACCCAGCUCUGGGAACGAGGAGCAGCCGUGACCCUCGCAUAGAGUGGGACAGGUUUGAGGAGGAGGAGCACGCACUGUCUGACCAUCUUUUUUCUUUGUGAUUUGGAUCAUUAUAACUCGGAGGACUCGAAUGAAGUUUUGUUUUUACAUCACUGAUUAAUUCCUGCAUGAGAGAGAGGGCACGAGCAAGUUCUCCCUCUUCAUUCAGGAGCCACAUCACCAAAAACUCCACCCGCUUCCUGCGGCUCUGCGUGGUUUUUAGAUCGAACAUAGUUUAAUCAGAUGGACCCAGAUGUUUAAACAGCUGUAGAAGCCUGGAAAGUCUCAUCUAAAAACUACACAGUGCAUUUUGUUGGUCCUGUGCUGUGUGUGUGUGUGUGUGUGUGUGUGUGUGUGUGUGUGUGUGUGUGUGUGUGUGUGUGUGUGUGUGUGUGUGUGUGUGUGUGUGUGUGUGUGUGUGUGUGUGUGUGAGAGAGAGAGAGAGAGAGUCAGGGUUAAUUUAGUGUAAAUGAACUAAUAACUCAUUGGUCACACGGAGCUGUGAGGAGGCAGCAGGGAGGCUGUUUGAACACAGUUUAAAUAAAAAGACCAUCUCAACAUUUUA